AUGUGGAAGCAAAUAAAGACUUUUGUUGAACCUCUUGAACGGUUCAUAACAACUUCUAGCGUCAAAAAAACAAGUUUAUCUCAUACUAGUUGCACUUCACAACUUUCCAAAUCUAUCAAACAUGUGUCUGAACCUCAAAAACAGUUUACAAGCUCAGCUUUUGUAAACCGCGUAGAGAAAUCAAAACUUUUGCGUUUUCUUCAAGAUACUUUUCCUCUACUUAAAUCACUUACGCCACUUGAGAUUCCCGCUCCUGUAACUAGUACUCAAAUUUCACUUCAUUUUUAUAAAUCACAAAGAUCAUGUUUCCUUCACAGCUAUGGGCUUAUGCAACCUGCUGGUGCAAGAAAUGUAUUUAACGGUGGAAUUAGAAAUUUUUCAACUGUACAAACUACCAUGAUAAAUAAUUGCGCUGGUAAUGGUAGCGCCAUCCUUGCACAACUAGGUUUCAAGCCUUUCUCUGCGUUUGCUACUAAGACCGGAUCUUUAUGGGCUCAACAGUUUCAAAUGAAUAAUGUUGAUCACGUCAAGAAAAAUAGGCCCACAGAUCUUAAAAUAAUGGAUCAAAAAAAGGUUUUCACUGAAAGCAAAGGUAUUAUUGAGGCUAUACAAAAAAAGAAUAUAAUCAAUGAGAAUAAGCAAAAUAUGACUAGAAUAGUUUGUCGUUCCAACAUUACCAAUUCGCCUAAAAAAAGUGAAGCUGCUACUGAGAUCAUGGAUGAUAACGCCAUUGUCACUAGUGAUAAUGCUCAAAUCUACAUGUCUUUUGUACUUAUUUCUUCAUUGUUUUUAGACCCUAGAUUCAAUUCAAUUACUGAUUCGAUCACUAAUAACUCUCAUCAAAUGAAUCAAUUAAAUCCAUCAUUUAUUCAAAACCUUGGAAAGUUUGCAGAAAUGCAACAUAGACAUAUGGUGGAAAUUAUUUCUAUUCUAACGUUAUUGUUAAAACACGAAAAAUAUGAACUGGAACUCUUUGGUUACGAAUUGAGAGUGUAUUUUCCACCAGAAAUGAGUAUUAGUGAUGUGAAAAAUUUAUUACAAACUUUGGGUAUUAAUUCAGAGAGUCCUUAUUUUAAACUCAAAGAGAUGAUGAAUCUUGCUUUGAGUAUCGCAUUAUCUAAUUCAACCGAUGAAACAGAUAUUAACUUAUCGGAUUCAUUUCUUAUUAAUUCGUUCUCUUCGCCUUGUAUGACACCACCAAGACUCAAACAAGAAUAUAUCCAUGAAAUUAAUGAAUUUCUUGCACUUGUUGAUAGUCUCAUUACCGAGAAAGAUAGUUUUGGAAAAAAGGUUAGAAAUGAACAAAAUUCAAUGUGA